GGGUGGAUUCUCGAAAGGUCACUUCAUAUUUACCAGUGAUACCUUCAACAUAAACAAACAAGGUGUUGUGUCCAUGAAGAAUGACGUCACAUUGGACAGAGAGACAAAGGAUAACUAUGUUUUACAGGUGGUGGCGGUGGACGAAGAUGGCCUGAACGCCACAGCCCAGCUCAACAUCACCGUUCUGGACUACAAUGACAACACACCCCAGUUCCCUACUCUUCCAGACCCCAUCCCUUUCCCUGAGGGGGAGUACUCUGACAAGUCGCCAGGAGAGGUGUACCAUAUCCUUGCCACAGACUCUGAUCUCGGCUCCAACGGAGAAGUCACCAUCUCCAUCUCCUCAUCUGCCACGCUAUUUCGCUUCAGAGAGGAUGGGAUGCUACUGGUUGUGGGUCCUCUGGAUCGGGAGACCAAGGACAUCUAUGAGCUGGUCAUUGUGGCCACUGACAAGGGGACACCACAGAGACAGAACAUGACCAGCAUCCGAGUGAGCGUGACAGAUGUUAAUGACAACACGCCGGUGUUCAGUGCCAGUACGUACACUAAGAGCAUCCUGGUGAAGGACGCCAAGGUGGGGGACGCGCUGUUGACCCUCUCUGCCACAGACAAGGACAUGGGCCUGAACGCACUCAUCACCUACAGUUUCUCCUCAGGCGCCUCCCCUUGCUUGGCGCUGAAUGGUAGCACAGGAGAGGUGACUGUGGCCUCUGACCUUUCUGAUGUCACGGAGGACACACUGCUUGAACUCACUGCAAUGGCAAAGGACAGCGGGAUGCCUCCUCUGAACUCCACAGUCAAUGUCCAGGUCUUCCUGAUGACUGUCAGCCUUGGAGUGGACGUGGCCUUUGAGAGCUCCUCCUACAACUUCAGCGUUCCGGAGAACGAACCAAAAGGGAGACUCGUGGGGACAGUGAAGGCAUCACCAGGGAGCCCCGUGUUUGUGGUUACUUAUGUCCUGACCACGCACAUGGACCUGUUCUCAGUCGAUGCCCUGGGAGCCCUCACCACCAAAGAGCCGCUGGACAAAGAGACUGAGGAGUGGUACAUCCUGGAGGUGGAGGCAGUGGACUCCAGGACUCCCCCUACUUCUGCCGUCGCAAUGGUCAGGGUACAGGUGGAAGAUGUGAACGAGGCCCCAGAGUUCAAGGAAGAGACUUAUGAAGCCAAGAUCUUCAGCAUUGCCCCAUACAAAUACCCUGUGGUCCAAGUUCAGGCCACAGACCCAGACAGUGGUGACAGCGGGCGUCUGGACUACAGUCUGACGGAGUCCAGCUCGUCUUUCGACGUGGACCGUUCCACGGGCCAGGUGUACGUGGUGUCAGCGGUGGGAUUAGAAGGAAAGACGACCGCCAUCCUGGUGAAGGCCACAGAUCCUAAAGGACUCCAUGCUACAACCAGGGUGGAGGUGGACGUGCAGGGAAGUGCCAGUAAUGAUGUCGUAGUCAUCUCCCUCAACCAGGCCACCAAUGUUGUGGAGAAGAAGGUCCCAGAGAUGGAAGAGUCUUUAGGGCGAGUUCUGGGCUGGACCGUGAAGGUGAUAGAGAUUUCCAGCACCAGCAGAGGAGCUGUUGCGUCCCGGGAAUCUAGGGGCGCCGCCAAGACGUACGUCAGCUUCAUUGCCGUGGACGGCGGGGAAGUCAUCCCUGCCAAAGACGUCAAAAACAAGCUGCAGAGCGAGGCGGGCACGGUGAAGGCAGAGCUCGAGAAGGUGUUUGGGGCGGGGCUGGAGCAUGUGGUGGAGGAGGAGUCAGCCGACCCUGCCUCUGACCAGGUCAUAGUAAUCGUCCUGGGCGUCCUGUUCGGCCUGAGCCUGCUGGGAUUGGUGGCGAUGGUGACGUUCACCGUUAUCAAGUUCAGAAGGAUGAAAGAACCCAUAGAGGACUCCUAUAGGGAAAGCUUUGACAUUGAUAGGCGAAAUGAGGCUUACACAAAUAACGAUAUGAAGGCAUCCGCAACAGGCUCAGAACAGGGGCAAAGGUCAUGGAGAAAGAGUAAGACUUCCCAGGAGGCAGACCCGGAGUGUGACAGACAAGAUGGUGACAGCCACAACUCUUCUCUUUGAGUCCCACUGACAACUAAACACAAAUAAAGCACACACAAUGAAUGUGCACCAGAGCAGUGAGACAGAUGGAGCAACACUGCAAUGAAUGAAUGAUUCGUUUGCUCUGACUUAUUGGUUGGCUAUUGCACUAAUGCUUUGACCGUCAAUUGCUGGCUACAGUCUAUGCUGCACUCAUAUUAGGAGCAUUUCUCUGUAAAACAAACAAAGACCUUUGGCCAAUAAAUGUAAAAAAUAAAUAAAAAUAAAAUAAAAGGCUAUGAUAUGAAUAUGAACAUUUUAGCACUAAGAAUAGCACUUACUAUGAAUUAUUUUAUAUGCUAAUAUAUUGUUUCUGAGUGCUAAUGAUGGUAUGUAUUUCCUCUGUCACCAAACAUACCUGAACCAACUUUUCACUGCAUUUAGGUUUAACUAAUAAAAAAGACAUACC